AUGGAUGCACAUCAACAGGAUCAUAACAAUACCACAAGUGGUUUUCCGCCUGAGGAUGUGUCGGAAAGCUCACGUGGCUAUGAGGACCACGAUUUACCCUCAAAUAAGUCCAGAGAGUCUGAUCAUGCCCACAAUUCGCCAAUGUUGAGUUUUUUUGGCGAGGCCGAGUCGAAGAUAAUGUACGUUAUCAAUAGGCACGGCGAGAAGGAAGAUGUAUCAUUUGACAAGAUUCUAAACCGCAUCAGGAAGUUAUCGCUGGGACUGCACUCAUUGGUGGAUGCUCCACGAGUGACACAGAGCGUUAUAAACGGAAUGUACACAGGAAUCCGAACGUCAGAACUGGACGAACUGGCUGCACAAACCUGCGCCUACAUGGCUGUGACGCACCCAGACUACUCUCGCCUAGCAGCCAACAUCACCAUAGAUAACCUACACAAAAACACAUUAAAUGAUUUCAGCGAGGUGAUCAGGGUACUGCACAGCUACAAACACGUGUACAAUACAAACGCCUCUUUAAUCAGUGACGAUGUGUUUGAGUUUGUUAUGGAGAACAAGGACCGCUUGAACGCAGAAAUAGACUAUUCCCGUGAUUUCCAGUACGACUACUUCGGCUUUAAGACACUAGAGCGUUCGUAUUUGCUGAAGACGAACGGCAAGAUAGUUGAGCGUCCACAGCACAUGAUAAUGCGAGUUUCUGCAGGUAUUCACUGCGGAGAUUUGGAACGCACUAUCCAAACAUAUCAUCUAAUGAGUCAGAGAUAUUUCACGCACGCAACCCCGACACUUUUCAAUGCCGGCACCAAACACCCACAAAUGUCAUCAUGCUUCCUACUCGACAUGCAAGACGACUCCCUGGCGGGAAUCUUUAACACACUGAGCCAGUGCGCCUUCAUAAGUAAAUCAGCUGGUGGGAUAGGGCUCGCGAUUCACAAGAUCAGAGCCAGCGGCUCGUACAUUCGAGGUACAAACGGCAUCUCAAAUGGGAUUGUACCAAUGCUAAAAAUUUUUAACUCAACAGCCAAAUAUGUAGACCAGGGAGGUGGAAAGCGCAAAGGCUCGUUUGCGAUAUACCUGGAGCCCUGGCAUGCUGACAUUUUUAAGCUGCUGGACCUCAGGAAAAACCACGGCUCAGAAGACCAGCGCGCACGCGACCUAUUCUACGCCCUCUGGAUCCCAGACCUAUUCAUGAAACGUGUCGAGGCAAACAAGAACUGGACACUCAUGUGCCCAGACGAGUGUCGAGGUUUGUAUGAGGUCUGGGGAGACGAGUUCGAACGGCUCUACACCCAGUACGAACAACAAGGGAUGGGACGAAAAACAAUUCCAGCCCAAAAACUGUGGUUCGCAAUCCUACAGUCCCAAAUCGAAACUGGGACCCCGUACAUGUUAUACAAGGAUGCAUGCAACUCCAAGAGUAAUCAGCAAAACUUGGGCACGAUUAAAUCUAGUAACCUGUGCUGCGAAAUUGUUCAAUUCACGAGCAAGGAUGAGGUUGCAGUGUGUAAUUUAGCGUCAGUAGCACUACCAAAAUUCGUAAAUACACAAACGAGGACAUUUGACUUCAAAAAACUCUAUGAAAUAUGUCGUGUAAUAACAUACAACCUCAAUAAAGUAAUCGAUAGGAAUUAUUACCCGGUGAAACAAGCCAGGGCGUCUAAUUUCAGACACAGACCGAUGGGUGUAGGAGUACAAGGUCUAGCAGACACUUUUAUGCUAAUGAGGUACCCGUUCGAGUCAGACGAAGCCAGAGAACUCAACAAACGCAUAUUCGAAACCAUGUAUUAUGCCUGUUUAUCAGAGAGUAUUGAUUUGGCAAGACAGUAUGGGACUUACGAGUCAUAUGAAGGGUCACCAGCUUCUAAGGGUUUACUACAAUUUGACCUUUGGGGCGCUAAGGUGGAUAAUUCUCUGUGGGACUGGGAUAAACUUAAGGCAGACCUACGUGAGCAUGGGUUAAGAAAUUCUUUAUUUAUUGCACCAAUGCCUACAGCUAGUACCUCGCAGAUUCUUGGUAACAAUGAAUCAUUUGAGCCCUACACUAGCAACAUUUAUUACAGAAGGGUGUUGAGUGGUGAGUUUUUUGUGGUUAACCCUCAUUUACUAAAUGACCUGAUUGACUUGGGGCUCUGGAACGAGACAAUGAAACAGAAGCUUAUCGCCUACAACGGCUCACUAAAGCAUAUUGACGAAAUCCCAAGCCACAUCAAGGAACUAUAUAAAACUGUUUGGGAGAUUAAGCAGAAGCACAUCAUUGACAUGGCAGCAGACCGUGGCAUUUUCAUUGACCAGUCACAGUCACUCAACAUCCACAUGGAACAGCCUACAUUCAGUAAACUCACGAGCAUGCACUUUUAUGGCUGGAAAAAGGGUCUAAAAACAGGAGUUUACUACCUCAGGACUCAACCAGCCACAGAUGCUAUUAAAUUCACAGUUGACGCUUCAAUAUCACAGCUGGCAAAAAGCCGCGUGAAACCGGCCAACUCAAUCAUGAGCGAUGGUAACAUGACUUCGAUCAUGAGUGACGGGACAAUGUCAACGACUGAAACUCUAGAUGUGCUUCAACCCCUAGCAUCAGUUGAAGAAACCAAUAGAGACGACUUCGCCAGCGCCGACGAACCCCAAAUGUGUUCUCUAAAUCCCAACCCCAACGAACCAUGCUUCAUGUGCUCAUCGUAG